GAUAAAGUAUUAUCAAUAAGUUUCAAAAAUAUUAUAAUCUAUAUAAUCUAUUUUAUAUUAUAUAUUAUUUAAUUCUUUAUAUUUUAAGUAAAAUAUUUUUAAAAUGCAUAAAACAACUAAAACAUUUGUUUUAUUAGUCGUUACUAUGGGUAUUUUCAUGAUUGUAGUUAACGCUAUUGGUAUACCAAUUAUAGACUCAGAAAAUAACAAUGAACAGAAUGAUACAGAAAUGUUUGAAUCGGAUGACGAAAUGGAAGAAAGUAGUGUUUCAGUCCCAGAAAAAACAUUGAAUGAGCUGAUUCUUAAAUUAAAUGAAAUGUUAAAAAUGAACAAUAAAACUAAUAAUGAAAAUCAAGAAAAUGUAUUUUGUGUACGAUGUAAUAGUGAUAAACUAUCAACAUACUUACUUCCGUGUAUGCACAAAGUAUGUAAAAUUUGUGAGUACAGAAUAUUUUCUCAGCAAAUGAAUGUUAAAUGUGAAAAAUGUCAGACACAAGUUUUACAAUUAUCAAGUGCAGAUAAAGAAUUGUCAAAAGAAGAAGCAUGGAAAUUAAUAAAUCUAAUGGAUAAGAUUUAAUCUCGUAACAAUAAUCAAUAAUCUUAACAUACGUUUUUAGUUGUUUGUUAUUUUAUUUUUCAGAAAUAAAUAUUACAUUAUUGUAUUCAUCAUUUAAAA